AUGGCUCAAGACCAGAGCAAGCAGGGCCUGCUUCGCGAGACCGACGGACUCUCCGAAGAUGGCAUUGGGCUUGAUUCCGACUCGGACAUUGCUGCGACCAGGAAUCUCGACCGCGAACCUCCCACAUCCGGCCACGUGCUCCACGCCCAGAUGAAGCGACAGCAAUGGGACUUCAUCCGGUUCUUGGGACGGCGCAGCCGAUGCUGUAUCGCCACGGUAUCCACCAUCAUCGUGCUCUGGAUACUCCUCAGUGCAGCCGGUGCCUUCUUCUACAAGAAAUACCAGGAAGAGCCGUCAUACGGCCAGUCGCCGCCGUGGUACCCCUCUCCGAAGGGCGGCAUUGCAAAGAGCUGGGCCGUGAGCUACGAGAAGGCGGCCAAGAUGGUGGAAAAGAUGACAUUGGCGGAGAAGGUCAACAUUACAACGGGGACAGGGUGGCAGAUGGGCUUGGCGGUGGGCACCAACGGGCCUGCCGUGCACGUUGGCUUCCCUCAGCUUCAACUGCAGGAUGGACCCUUGGGCGUCAGAUUUGCCGACAACAUCACCGCCUUUCCGGCCGGUAUCACCGUCGGCGCCACCUGGAACCGGCAGCUGAUGUAUGCCAGGGGCAAGGCCCACGGCAUCGAAGCCCGCGGCAAGGGCAUCAACGUCCUCCUGGGUCCAUGCGUUGGGCCACUCGGCCGCAUGCCAGCCGGCGGACGCAACUGGGAGGGAUUCGGAGCAGACCCAUACCUGCAGGGUGUGGCGGGCGCCGAAACUGUCAAGGGCAUCCAGAGCGAGGGUGUCAUGGCCACCAUCAAGCACUUUGUGGCCAACGAGCAGGAGCACUUCCGCCAGCCGUGGGAAUGGGGCCUCCCGCACGCCAUCAGCUCCAACAUUGACGACCGCACGCUGCAUGAGCUGUACGUGUGGCCUUUUGCAGACGCUGUGAAAGCGGGCGUGGCCGCCGCUAUGUGCUCUUACAAUAUGGUCAACAACUCGUACUCCUGCGGCAACAGCAAACUGCUCAAUGGCAUUCUCAAGGACGAGCUCGGCUUUCAGGGGUUCGUCAUGAGCGACUGGCUUGCGCAGCACUCGGGCGUUGGCUCGGCGCUCGCCGGCCUCGACAUGACCAUGCCCGGCGACGGAGUGGGCUGGGCCAAUGGCGAGUCGCUGUGGGGUCCGCAACUGAGCAGGGCUGUCCUCAACGGCAGCGUGCCAGUCAACCGGCUGAACGACAUGGUGACGCGCAUCGUCGCGGCCUGGUAUCAGCUCGGCCAGGACGACGAGACCAAGUUUCCGCGUCAACCGCCCAAUUUCUCCUCGUGGACCGACGAUCGCAUGGGCGUCCUGGCGCCGGGGAGCCCCAGCCCGCAGGACAAGGUUGUGGUCAAUCAGUUUGUGGAUGUCCAGGCUAACCAUUCGGUCAUUGCUCGCGAGGUGGCUGCUGAGGGCACCGUGCUCCUCAAGAACGAGGGUUUGCUGCCCAUUACCCGCCAGGGUCUGGAUGCGUCCAAGCUCGAGGUGCGGCGCCGUGAUCUUGAAAAGCUCACUGGGAAGAGACACUCGGGCAAGUUCAAGAUUGGCGUGUUUGGGGAAGAUGCUGGCCCUGGAAACGGACCCAACCAUUGUAAGGACCGAGCCUGCAACCAAGGCACGUUAGGUUCUGGCUGGGGUUCGGGGGCCGUUGAGUUUCCAUAUCUGGUCUCGCCCAUCGAGGCCCUUCGCAAACAGUUUGACAGCUCCAAGGUCGAGGUUCACGAGUAUCUGACCAACAAGCCUUCCCUGAACGACGACAAGACCAUCGUAGAUGACCUGGAGCUGUGCAUUGUCUUCGCUAACGCCGAUUCCGGCGAGGGGUUCGUCAAGUGGGAGAAUGUGCGCGGCGACAGGCCGGAUUUGAACCUGCAGCGGGGCGGCGACGAUCUCAUUGUUAAUGUGGCGUCCAAGUGCGGCUCGGGUUCGGGCGAUGUCAUUGUCGUGAUCCACGCCGUCGGCCCCGUCUUGAUGGAGAAAUGGAUCGAGCUGCCGAACGUCAAAGCUGUCCUGCUGGCUAAUCUCCCAGGCCAAGAGUCUGGAAACGCUCUUGCCGAUGUGCUCUUUGGCGACACCAACCCGUCCGGCCAUCUUCCGUACACCAUCGGAAAGUCACUCAGCGAAUACGGUCCCGGCGGACAGGUCCUCUAUCUGCCGAACGGUGUUGUUCCGCAGCAGGAUUUCUCUGAAGGCCUAUACAUCGACUACCGAUAUUUCGACAAGCACAACAUCGACCCACGUUUCGAAUUCGGCUUCGGCCUGAGCUACACCACGUUCAAUCUCAGCAAUCUGCAGGUCGCCUCACACAGGCACAAGUCUCCUCUCCCUGCACCCCGCCCGAGCCCAGCCGCAAACCCACCGAGCUACCCGACCACCAUCCCGCCAAAGAGCGAGGUACUCUUCCCGACCGGCUUCCGCGCACUCGAGAAAUACAUCUAUCCUUAUCUCUCAUCGGUGGACGACAUUGAGCCCGGACAGUACCCCUACCCCGACGGGUAUGACACGGCCCAACCGCUAAGCGGAGCCGGCGGCGACGAGGGCGGCAACCCGGAUUUGUGGGCCAUCUACGUCACCGUGACCGUGGACGUCAAGAACGAUGGACCUGUCGCAGGGGCGGCGGUGCCGCAGCUGUAUCUGGAGUACCCGGCCAAGGAGGGCGUCGAGUUCCCCAUCAGGGUGCUGAGGGGCUUUGACAAGCUGUAUCUUGCGCCUGGUGAGAGCCAAACGGUGCAUUUCAGCCUGACGAGGAGGGAUUUGAGUUAUUGGGAUGUCGCGGAGCAAAAUUGGGUCAUGGUUGCGGAGGGACAGUACAGGUUUAAGGUUGGCUUCAGUUCGAGGGAUUUGCUGCUCACUGGGACAUGGUGA